CAGUUGAAAAUGUCUCGUCGAGGAAAGGGAGGUGGAGGAAGCAAGUUCCGAAUCUCUUUGGCACUUCCUGUUGGCGCUGUGAUAAAUUGCGCAGAUAACACGGGAGCCAAAAAUUUGUACAUCAUUUCGGUGAAAAGAAUCCACGGAAGGUUGAAUAGGCUUCCCGCAGCUGCGGCUGGUGACAUGGUCAUGGCAACAGUUAAAAAAGGCAAACCCGAACUGCGGAAAAAGGUUAUGCCCGCUGUCGUCAUCAGGCAGCGCAAACCCUACCGGAGGAAGGACGGUGUUUUCAUCUACUUUGAGGACAAUGCAGGAGUCAUUGUCAAUGUCAAGGGCGAAAUGAAAGGUUCCGCUAUCACUGGCCCAGUUGCCAAAGAGUGCGCCGAUCUAUGGCCCAAGAUCUCGUCCAAUGCUUCAUCAGUAGCUUAACUUAAAGUGAAUUGAAGUUUGAUGAACUAA